GCCGAGAAUUCGUACGGUACGGUCGUGUUUUUCGAUUUUACACCAGGGGGGUUCGUGCAACAACAACAAAUACCACCACUCAGUACUGUCAAGGCAGAAGAAGGCGCAGUGUGAAGGAUUUCUCGCUUCGUGCUUGUAUUGCCGAGUUUAUUAUCUUCCAUACAAAGAAGCAAAGCUUUUAUUAGAAGUGGGAUCAGUGCUGUGUGAUUGUUUUGUUCUGAUCUAGUACGUGUGCGGUGGGGUGCCCGUCAGUGUUUGUUUUGAUUAACCCGCACGUUCGACGACUUUGAGGAGGGCGAAAACCUUGCCUACUUGAUUGGCAGUGAAAACGAGCAGUCAAAAGUUCUGGAAUUUGCUAUUUUGCACGAUAAAAAAAGCAAAGGGAAAUCCCACCUUCUCUGCGUGUCUGUGUGUGUGUGCGCGACCGUGAGUGUGAGUGAAUUGGUUCGAUAUGGAGUGAAAUCGGUGUGCAAUCGUCGUCGUCUCAACAACCAGCUGUCAUUCGACAAUAAGCAAAAGUGACGAAAAUAGAGCCUGAAGAAAAUACCGUACCGCCACCACCAAUGCAAAGCGUGCGUGUGCGUUUGUGCAGUUCAGUAAAAGUGUGCAAAAAUAAUCGUAAUUGUGUGUGCAUCUUUGGAGAAAGAGAGCGAAUGCGGAGGUGCAAGGAAGAGUGCAAAAAUAAAUGCUAAUUGCUGUUACUUGUGCUGAAUACGACAUCGUCCAACGACGUCUACGAAAUAAAGAAGUGCAAUCCAAGUAGGAGGUUGAAUCUCGAAAACAACGAAAUAAAAAAGUUCAAACCUUAAAAAAGGGGAAAUCGCAGCAUGCUUCGAUGCGAUGGGACCUGACUGCGAUUGACCAAGGACGGGCUACAUUUGGAGCUGGUGGCGGCCAACUAGAUAACUGGAUAACUAGAGCGCACUAGGCUUUGGCGACAUUCCAUCGAAGGAGGCUGUGUACCAUUGAGAGGAAAAAGCACACACGCACGCAGAAGAGAUGGCUUCGCUCAAGGUUGCGGUUCGGGUGCGUCCCUUCAACCAGAGAGAGAAUGAGCUUGGCGCCAAACUCAUCGUCCAGAUGGACGGCAAGAAGACGCGGCUGCUCAAACCGAAGGUCGCCGGGCUGCUGAACGGCGUGGCCAACCUCCCGGGAACCGGCAGCGGGCUUGAGCCGUGGAACGACUUCACCUUUGACCACUCGUACUGGUCGGUGGACGAAUCGGACGGGCACUUUACGCCGCAGGAGCGCGUCUUCGAGGAUCUCGGCACGGAGAUUGUGGAUUGCGCGUUUCAAGGCUACAACGCGUGCGUGUUCGCGUACGGCCAAACCGGCAGUGGCAAGACGUUCACCAUGAUGGGCACGGCCGAAGCCCAGGGUCUGAUUCCGCGCAUCUGCCGGUCGCUGUUUGGCCGCAUGAAGCUCGGCCAGGAGGAGGGCGUCGGCUACAAGACGCAGUGUUCGUACCUGGAGAUCUACAACGAGCGGGUGAAGGAUCUGCUCGGCCCAAGCAGCGCCGGUCAUGGGUUGAGGGUUCGCGAACAUCGGACGCUUGGGCCGUACGUGGAGAAUCUAUCCCAACAUCCGGUGUCGGACUACGGGGAGAUUCAGAACUGCAUGGUUCAGGGAAAUAAUCAGCGAACGACGGCCAGUACCAACAUGAACGACACGAGCAGUCGAAGUCACGCGAUCUUCACGAUCACGUUCGUGCAGGCUCGGUAUUUGGACGACAUGCCGAGCGAAACGGUGUCGAAGAUUCACCUGGUUGAUCUGGCGGGUAGUGAGCGGGCUAAUGCAACUGGGGCGACCGGGCAGCGGUUGAAGGAGGGAGCACAUAUCAACAAAUCUCUGGUAACGCUGGGGAGUGUGAUAUCGGCUUUGGCGGAGCAGACCAAUCCGACUCACAACAAACGGAUUCUGUAUAUUCCGUACCGAGAUUCGAUCCUCACCUGGUUGUUGAAGGACAGUCUUGGCGGGAACAGUAAAACGAUCAUGAUCGCGGCGAUCUCCCCGGCGGAUGUCAAUUACAGUGAAACGCUGAGUACGCUUAGGUACGCCAACCGGGCUAAGAACAUCAUCAACAAACCGACGAUCAACGAGGAUCCGAACGUCAAGCUGAUCCGCGAGCUUCGGGAAGAGAUUUUCAAGCUUAAGGGAAUGCUUUCGAGUGACGACUCUUCCUUGUUGGAGCCCUCGCUCAAAGUGCUGGAAGAUCUGCACAAGAAGGAAGCUCAGGAGAAGGUCCUGACGGAGGAAUGGACCGAGAAGUGGCGCGAGGCGCAGUCCAUUCUGAGGGAGCAGAAGUCGCUUGGGUUGAGGAAGUCCGGGGUUGGGGUUGUGUUGGACUCGGAGAUUCCACAUCUGAUUGGCAUUCACGACGAUAUUAGCACCGGGGUGACGCUGUACAGCUUGAAGGAGGGUGAGACUACGAUCGGAACCGCGGACGCCUCACACCCUCGGGACAUUGUCCUCAAUGGGAUCGGCAUCCAUCCGGAGCACUGCCGAAUCGUGCUGGACAAUGGGAAUGCCACAAUCUACCCACAACCUUCGGCCACGUGUCUCCUAAAUGCGUCCAUCAUCGAAGCCCCAACGGCCAUCAGUCAGGGAGACAUCCUUCUACUCGGCAGGACCAACAUGUUCCGAUACAACAACCCGGCUGAGGCAGCCAAGAUGCGACAGGACAACGCCAGUGGAGGUCAGCGAUCCUCCCGGUUAGACUUGUCCCGGUUGUCGUUGAUCGCCGCGUCCCGGGAGAACCUCUGCGGAAGCUUCAUGAGCGAUGACGACCAGAGUGGACUCGUUUCACCCGCGAACCCACUGCGCUUCCGGCAGUACACGCCCAGUCGGGAAGACACGGAACUGCAGGACGAGCACCGGAAGAUCCUGCAGACGAUCGAGAACGCGCUCAAGCAGCUGAACCUGGAGCGAUCGCGCAUGCACGAGCAGUUCAAGAGCAAGAUCAAGCUCUGCCGGGAGGAGUUGGACCGGCUGGAGGCCACCAAGCGGGACAAGCUGAUGAUCCUGGACUGCCGGAUAGACGAGCUGAUGGCGCGGCGCGAGAUGAUACUCUGGGAGAAGAGUAACGAAAAGACGCAGGUGGACAUUUUAGUUAGACAGCUGUCGGCCCUGCGAACGCAGCUCGACACCAAGAAGCGCGAUUUCUUCGAGUACGUCGCCAAAGAGCUACAGGAGCUGCAGGACUGCGGCAAGCUGGACGAGGCAAGCAUCGAGCUGAUCCAGAACGCACCGCAAAGCGAGGACUACUCGGAGAUUCUGCUGACGAUUUCGCGCUCGCUGGACAACUACUCCGCCCAGUACAUCCGGGAGUACAUCCGGAAGAAUCGCGAAGAGAUCGACAAGUUCGAGCGGGAGCUGCGCGAGAAGGAGUCCCUGCUCGAGACCAGCAACGCCAAGAUGGCCGAACUGGACGUGAAGAUCGCCGAGCUGGAGCAGCUGAACCAGGAGCUGCUGGUGCAGCGCUCCCAGGUCGAGAUGGAGCAGAUCCAGCGGAAGAAGCAGUCUAUGACCCUAAACCUAUCCCGAACGACGGACUCGGAAGGUCAGCGCACCGAUUCCGGCGGUGACACGGAUCACUCGCUGCAAGAUGGCGCCACGUCGCUAGCUCCACGAACGCUGGAGACCUGCGACACGUUUCACACGGCCAAUUCGGACUGUUCGUUUGUGUCGGCGCUGAACACUCCGGCGUUGCAGAGUCUGAUUCCGACGCCAAGUUCGACGGAUGGGACGGAAUCGCACGAGUCGGACUACGAAGAGGCAAGUCAUGGUCAGGGUGGGAUGAGCGAUAGCGGGGUCAGCUUUGAGACUAAUAAAGUUGGCGAGGGUGGUAAGCUGAACGGGAAGUUGCUGUUCCAGUCGGACGAUCAUUGUCUGCUGUUGACGGCGUCGACGCCGAACUCAAAGUACGCGAAAAAGACGCUGAUCGUGAAUGGGAGUAAUAUUGAGAUCAGUGCUGGAGGGAGGGUUGGAGGAUCCAGUGACGAGUCGGAUGAGAAUUCGAACCAUGGGAAGGGCCAGAGUGGAGGGGGGCAACUUUUGAGACUGAGCGCAAGCAACCAGAGCAACAAGGGAAGUGUCCGGACGGAGAUCUUCGACAUCCGGCACGGCAUUCACCCGUUGAGGGCGAGUGACGAGGAGGACGAUGACGAGGACGGUUCGUCGGUGGACAACAGCUCGAUAACCUCUUCCACCGCCAACUUGAUUUUGUGCGAGAUGAACCUGCUGCGGGAGAGCAUCGCCACAAAGAAGGCAGAGAUCAUGAAGAUCCUGGAGACGAACGGAGACAAGACGAACCUGGAUGGGAAGAUCAACGAGCUCCAGGAGCUGCAGAAGCGCAUCGUUCAGCUGGAGAUCAAGAUCCAGGACGUUGAGAAGAGUUGUCUGUCGGAUGGCGAAGGUGCGAUCGACUCGAUACGAGACCUUCCUGGUAGUUUCACCGACAGCGAUGACAGCCGAGUGAACUCGUGCAUCUAUCCGGACUACCUUCGGCGCCAACAGGCGAGUCUUUACGCGCCAAGCGUGACGCGUUCGCUUCCGUCCAUCGAGGGUUCCUACCGCUCCGAGUACCUGAUCAACAUCCCGACGUACAUCAUCCGGGGCGCGGGCAAGCAGACGCACUACGAGUACGAGGUCAAAAUCAACCUGCCCGACGAGCGGUGGACGCUGCUCCGGCGGUACAGCCGCUUCCGGGAGUUGCACCUCAAGAUGAAGCAGGUGUACGGGGAUAAGAUCACAUCCAUCCCGUUCCCGCGCCGUGAGAUUUUCGCGUCCAACACGGAAUCCGUUGCGAAGAACCGGCGCAGCGGCCUGGAAAAGUACCUCCGCCGGCUGCUGAUCGUGUGCAGCAAGAUUCCGCACAGCCCGAUCUACGAGGGCGAAGGUCGUCCCGGUCUAACAAAGGGCUCGCUGAUCGAGCUGCACGCGACCUUCUUCAAGAAGGGACUGUUCGAGACGGGCAAACACGGCACAGGUUAGAGGCCGUGGCUAGGGUAAGUGUGGUUUUGCUUUUGUUUUGGAUUUCGUUAGAUUUUGGGUUUUUUGUUUUGAGUUUGAAUGUGUGUGUGACAACGAGACGCUGCAAAUUUUAACGUUCCAAUGCGAGAAGCAGCCGAGAAAGUGUUUGAAAGUCUGAUAUUUUUGUUUGGUUUUAAAUGGAGACAAUGUAACUAGUAGCUUGUAGGAAGAUUAUUUUCGGUUAGCAUUUUAUUUAUUGAAACAGAAACAGAAGGCAGUAAACACCGACAAUAAAUACCGGAUAGGAAACGUGUUACUUUGAUGCCAGUCUCUUCUUCGACCACAGCGGUUGACAGAGGCUGGAAGGCGCGAGCGUAGUAGGCUGAUCUUUAUUUUUCCACGUGUUGUUGUUAUCUUAAAAUUGUCGUGUACAACCGGGCUUGAUCCAGUUUUGACAGCUGUACCAAAACUGCGAUUCCAAGGCCUGCUCUGAGCCAAUUAUGAAACGUUAGCUUUUCCCAAUUAAUCCACUUUGUGUGUAGCUUAAACGUACAUCUAUUAAAAACAUGCAUUGCAUAUAUAUCAUUCAUUGCCUUAUACUGUGGAUAAUUUUCAUUGACUUGUGAUGAUUUGAGAGACCUUAAAAAAGAGUAGGUAACAUGUAUUCACUUACACGUAUUUAGCGAAACAUCAACAUUAUACAAACAACUGUGAUUUUUCAUCCCCCUCCUUGUGAGUAGCGACCGGUUCCGACCUAGGUUCGAUUGUUAGGUUAGAAAAUUAUAGUUAUUCGUACUAUUAGGCGUAAUUCCCCUUCCUCCCUUAGGACCCGUUCCCCGUUAUUGUUUCGGAAAGUUGAGCGACCACACAAGCAAAACAUGUUCAAAAAAACAAAACAAUGAAAUCAGAGCUUUCCCAAAAAAGGUUAGGUUAGUCCCGAUACGACUAGGUUUACAUGUAAUUAAGUACCUUCUAAGUGUUGACAACAGAAAAACAACAACGUAAACAAACCCCCAUUAGCUGUCAUGUUUCUGUAGUAGGACAGAACAAUAGCAGUAAAAAUCAAAACAUAGCAAUUUGAUGUUUACCCACAAAACGGUAGAUUCUGUGUGAAGGCGAACACUAGCUAGCAAUGAUCUGAUCGAAUGUGACUGGAGGCAGUCAAGAUGUUUCGUAAACAUUAAAAAAACAAACAUUACAGCAGUGAAA